GGUGUAGAAUGGGCAUUAGCUUUAGUUUAGCAGAUGUGUGUAGUUCAAUAAAAAAUAAUAGAAAGUUGUGCUCUUUAUCUUAGUUUACAAAUCUUUUUUCAACGUGGCUUAGCUUUGUUUUAGCAGACGCGUAGUUUAAUAAAGAAUGAACGCAGAAUUUGUGCUCUUUACCUGAAAAAAGACCUAAUAUUUUUGCGAAUUUCUUUUACCUACUGUCGGUAUUUUUCCAAUUUUUCUUUUAGACAGCGAGCAUCCAUCUAGUCUAUUUCUUUUCUUAAAAAACGCAGUUUUGUACCAGUCGCGGUCUCAUUAUAAAAUUCUUAUGCAUGGCCGAGUUCAUUUCUCAAGAAAAACUUGUUUAUAUUUCUUAAUCUAAAUUGCAAUUUUAAACAAACGUCGCGUAUGGACGCUUUAUUCUGCGCGCGGCGAUUUGGCAAAUGUACUCUGCGCAAAGUGUCAAUUGUCGAAAGCGCGGUAGCUCCGCUAAAGUAGCUCCCGUUCUCAGUCGCGGUACAGAAAUUAUAGUAGCCGUCUGGUUCAAAGUUCAUCGGGUUUACUUCGCGGAGCGGCACGCCGUCAGACCGCACGUCUCGUUUGUCUCACGGCUGCGCGCCUGCGUUCACACCGAGAUGCAACGCGAGCGACUCGUCGUCAAGUACGUCUCGGCGAACAACUGCUUCGCACAUCUGUCGGCUGCCUGGCUGCGCCGUUUGGAAACUGAGACGAGUGCGAUCGAAGUCUCGCACAACGGAAGGAAGUACUAUCUCACGUGCGUCGCUCGCGUUAACAACGAUGAAACGUUGGGCAUCGGGGCGACGUACGCGAGGAGCUUGAACAUCCAAGAGGGGGACGAGGUGUUCGUGUCCUCCGUGAAAAGCGUCCCGUCGUUAAGCAGCGUCAAGAUCGCCCCGCGCACGGCGAGCGACCGCGAGCUCCUGGAAUUGCAAAUGGAGAGGGUGCAAUCGAGCCUGCUGGGCCAAGUGAGAAUCGUCGCGCGAGGACAGCCGAUCGUCGCGUGGAUCUCCAAGUUUUCCUCCGUGACUUUCAUCGCGGAGGACUCAGAGCCGAGAUUCGCGUAUGGGCUGCUCGAGGAGUUCACGGAGGUGCAUGUGCUCGACGCGGUCGCGAGCGCAACGACAAAGGACGCGGCCGUUCCGGGGGCAACCGCAAGGAUAGGCAAUCUUUUGGCCAAAAUCUGGCCUUACUUCGCCGGAGAUUGUCGCGACUCGAAGGACAGUGCCGCGAAUCACGCGUUACUGCGGAGCUUUCGCGGCGGAAGCGCGCCUCGCGUCUUCCGCGCGUAUCCCCUGCCGGACUUCCGGUCCUACGAUCGCUCGAACGUCCACGACAUGAUCCUGCGGUGUCCCUACCACGUCCUGAUCCCGAGGAGUUGUUUGCCGAGAGGCGCAGGACCGAACGGGACGACGAUGUGUAGAGUCAGAAAAGUGCCGGCGAAUCGGCAGCACGUCACCAGCGCGAAUUUCCUGAAGGACGACGAUUCCUCGUCCAAGCAUCCGCGAGAGCUCGUCGCGAAAAUUUACGUUCUCGAGGAUACUCUGAACGGGUGUUCCACGUCACUAGACAGAGGGUACUUCGACCUGAGCUCGGUCCACUCUCGCGCGUACGUGUCGGCGAGUUUGGGGAUCACCCUGGGGUUGAAGGCUGGCGGCAGAGUGGUCGUGCGGACGUUCGAGGAGGACGAGCGACCGAGGCCGUCGUCGGUGAACGUUUUCUCCUCGGGUGGCUCGGUCACGCAGGAGGUUUUCGAGAAUUACGUGAAACUCCACGCGAGGCACGAGCCGCUGUUGCUCAAUUCCGCCGCGGCGAUCCUGCUCGACGGCGGCGAACGGUGCGCCGUACGACUGUCACCCGCGGAUUGCGAUUACGCGACGAUAGACGGGAGGGACGCGGAGGACCUGGCCGUGGUGGUUCCACGUGCGGAUCCGAGCGACGGGGAAAUCUCCUGGAAUUGCUCCGAGGAAGGUUUGAGGAUGGAGAAAAUUUCCACGAGAAAACUUUGCAGGUUUACGGAAGGUAUCCUCAAGGAUUGCGAGAUCGCGCUCGAUCUCGGCUUGGGUCUGCGAAGGCCGGUGGACUUCCGGUACGAUCGGGAAAACAUUCUGAUCUGCGGCGACGUGGGUUCCGGCAAAACGACCCUCUGCAAAAUGCUAAUCGAGCGUUACCGCGGGGCGCCGUGUUUCGUGCAUACGCACGUGAUCGAUUGCAGGUCGCUGAAAGGCAAAAAGGUGGAGACACUGCAGAAAAUGAUUACGUCCGUCAUGAGCGAAUGCGUAUAUUAUCAACCGUCCGCAUUGUUCCUGGAUGAUUUGGAGAGCAUUACCAAUGCGUCAUUAAAUGACGAGGAAAACACGAUAGAUGCGACAAACGCUUCCAGAAUUACCGAUAUGCUGAUUAAUACCAUCGCGCAAUACCAAGAAUCUCAUUAUGUCUCCGUCAUCGCCACUUGCAACAACGUGAGUAAAAUCGGCUCAAGAUUACGACCGGCUAGAGGAGCGCAGUUCUUUAGGACAGUCUUACAAAUCCCGAACCUCGAGAAGGUGGAUAGAAUCGAUAUUUUGCGAUUAACGCUCGAGGACAAGUUAUGCGUGCCCGGAGACAUGAAUUGGAAUUACUAUGGAAACAAGACCGAGGGCUGGGUGCCCCAGGAUCUCGUCGACCUGGCGGAGAAGGCACGGUUCGCCGCGUGGAAGCGCCACGCGGCAGAAAGAUUGGAAGCGCCGAUUGUCGUAACGGAGGAGGACGUUAACGUCGCACUGGAGGGUUGCACGCCGAUGUCCCUGCAGGGUGUGCAGUUGUACAAGAGCGGGGGUCAUUCUUGGUCCGACAUCGGCGGGCUAGCGGACACGAAGAGCUCCCUCACGGAAAUUCUGCAGUGGCCGCUCAAGUAUCCGGAGAUCUUCAAGAAAGCUCCAAUAAAGCUCCAGAGCGGCGUUCUGUUAUACGGGAUGCCCGGCACCGGGAAAACGAUGCUGGCCAAAGCGAUCGCCGGCGAGUGCGGCGUGAAUCUGAUCAGCAUCAAGGGUCCAGAACUGUUGUCGAAGUACAUAGGCGUCAGCGAGGAGUCCGUGAGAAAUGUAUUCGAAAGAGCCCGUCGCGCCAAGCCGUGCGUUUUGUUCUUUGACGAAUUCGAUAGUCUUGCACCCAGACGCGGACACGACAGCACCGGAGUCACCGAUCGGGUGGUGAACCAGCUGCUGACGCAGCUUGACGGGGUCGAGGAUCGCGAAGGGGUGGCAGUCGUGGCAGCGUCCUCGCGGCCCGACUUGUUGGACCCGGCUCUUCUGAGACCGGGUCGCCUCGACAAGUGUUUGCACUGCCCUUUACCGAACGAGCCGGAAAGGUGGGCGAUCUUCACGGUUCUGUGCGGCUCCCAAAAUGUAGACACGGUCGAGCUGGAUCUGAAGAUACUAGCCCAGCUCGCUGACGGAUUUACCGGGGCUGACAUCAACGCGGCGAUUACUUUGGCGAGACUGUCGGCGUUCGAGGACGCCUUGGCGACCGCGACGGACGGCAAAGUCGAUGCAACCGCCAUCAAAGUCACGCAAACGCAUCUCGAGGAGUCCGUCAGGUCGACGAGGCCAUCCUUGUCCGCCGUCGAGAAAUUUAAAUACACCAAGAUUUACGCUCGGUUUUCCAAGGGGGACAAAUUCGCGGAGGACGUGCUGAAGAACCAGAAGGCGACGCUGGCUUAAGCCGAAUCUUUCCUCAGGUUAGGCCAACGUUUUUCACGACGAAAGAAUGUACUGUUGGUAGAGGAAAGUCCUUUAUUCUAGGUUUCUAAUAUGAGAUAGCAGGUUCGAACACUGAAAUUCAAUUCACAAAUCUUUUUUCACAACGAAUUUUCCACUAAACUCAUGGUGGCAUCAACUGACGAUGCCUGUUAAUUUAACAGAAACCCCGCUAGCCCAUCUUAGAGAUUCUAUUUCAUAAUAGGGGACUUUCUUCUACACUCAAAACUCAACAAUACAAAUAUGACGAUAAAACUGAAACAAAACCAUUUUCCGCCCCCUCGCUCAGAUAAUCCUAAUCGUGCAAACCGCGUGAAAUAAAGACACGAUGUCGUAUAAG